CCUCCAAAUGCUGCCACUUGACUGAGUCGGCCGCUGGUGAGAAGGCGGCGGCGCUGCCCUUGCAGCUGGACCGCACUCCGCUUUGGCCCGGGGCUCAGCUCGCCGCCCGCCCAGACGCCGACCCACCGCGGGGCAGCGCCGGCCCCGGAGCUGCAGGAGCGCCGGGUGCCUGCUCGGUCCCCGCCGCCGUCCAGACGCCCGAGCGGCGCGCGGCUGCCCGCCGACGUGUAGAAUUGGCUAUGUCUAUAGAUGUUCAAGCUCACUAAUCUUUCUUCUCCAAUGCCAAACAGCCCACACAAUAAACUAUAUGUGAAGAUUGGUGAAAGGGAACAUUGAUUUCUGAAGUAGCCUGGAGAGGAAAAGCACUGCUCAAUAUCAAGUGGACAAAUGCUUGGUGUUUUCCAAAGACGCUGUUGAAGUAGUCUUUGCUACUGCUUUCCUUGACUCAGUCAAAGCUCUUCAUAACAUGGGCUGCAUGAAAUCAAAGCAAACUUUCCCAUUUCCCACCACACUCGAGAGUGAGAAGAGGCAUGAAAGUGAAGAAAACUUUAUGCCUGAAGAGAGACUUCUACUCAGGAUGCCUUCUCUAGUUAAUGUCAAAGAGGAAGUGAAGGAACCCCUAGGGCCUGAAAUUGUGGUCUUUGAAUUUGCACACCGCCUGUCCCAGGAAAUCUUGAGUGAUGCCUUGCAGCAGUGGGCUGGCAACCACCUCAAGUACUAUGACAUCCCAUAUAUUGAGAGUGAGGGGCCUUGACGCUGUGUGUAGGAUGAUGACACUUUCUCCAACUGUGGAUAAAGUUGGUGCUAGUUUAAAUACAUGAAACAACAGCAAAAACUGGUGUGAAUAAAUACAAAUAACUCCAUCUGGGUGUAAAGAAAAAUAUUUUGAUAGCCAUCAAGAGUCUAAGAAUACCUAAAAUGAAGUGUUUUAAGCAGUUCUACAUUAACAGCAAUUUCUAUCUGCUUGGUCUUGGAUUUUAGUCAUUAAAGGGUUAAAUGUAAGUCCUCUGGUGCCACAGUAAUCAGCUGUGUCACACCACUUCCAGAGGCAACAAUGCCAUCACCAAAGAAAUAAGAAUUUUUAAAAUUCUUUAAAGAAUUUAAUUUAUUUAAAACCUGUGUUUUCAAAAUGGUCAUUUUAAAGACAUUCUUUUAAAAUAUUUGUCAAUUUAUACAAAAAAAAACCCAAGAUAUGAAAAGGAUUUUCUUGAAAUGCCUGGGAAAGGGAAUUGCCUGGGCACUCAAGCCAUAGCUGUUAACAGUGGGUCUUGUUUGCCAAAAUCUUUUGAGUCAAGGAUCCCUCCCCUUCUUAACACAAAUGACCAAGCAUUAGAAAGCAACCCAUGUGGAAGAGGUCCACCGUGAACUAUGUCCUUAAUAAGAUAUUUACUUUUGUAGAUGAAAAGCAUAACCAUCACCUUGAACCUCAGCGCCCUAACUAAUCACACCUGUUACUGGAUGACUCAGGCUUUGCAUAUAAGCAUCUUAACAAUAUACAAUUUACAGAAGUCAUGACAAUGUUUAUUGCAUUGAAUUAGGUAGCCCAGUGAUAUUACUAUACAAGGAAACAAGCAGGGGAGCUUUUAUAAACAGCAAUCCAGAAAACUGUAAAGUAAUAGAAGCCCUAGUUGGCAAGGUGGAAAGAAGAACCUGGUCUCAGUGCUGCGUGUAUGUUAAGCUUUACUGUCUCACAGAUGCAAGGGGCUGGUACAUGGGCAAUCACCAUUCAGAUUACUGUGGGACCAGAUUAUGCAUAAGAAUUUAUAGUUAUUACAAAAGAUCAAAUACUCUUCCAAAGGGAAUACUCAUGUGUAUUUUUAAUGGUAACAAAGCCCAUGGGGCAUUUAUAGCCAUAUACUAUACUAUUUUCAUAAAUUUGGCUACUUUUUUAGGAAGCCUUUUUUUUUUUUUUUUAAGUACUGUUUAAGAUCAAUGGUAACAGAAAAUUCAGGAAAGGGGGAAGAAGGUACUAGAAGAUGUAACUUGUAAGAUAAUUGAGACUGAAUCUUUACAAGUAUCUUUUCAUCAAGAUUUGCCACACAUUGAGUUUAACUGGAAUAGGAAUUAUUUAAGCCCAUGCAAUUAGAUCCUUUUAUUAAGAUACAACAGACCCUUGUCAUUGAAAUCUAAAGAAAGGCAGAAAAAGGCUUGUGACCUCUAAUGACAUAAAUGUGUAUGACCUUAUAAGCAGGCAGAAUUGCUACCUCUAAUUUUAGCAGUUAUACUCUGAAACCCACAAUCAAAUAGACUGAAUUCUCCAAGGUAAAUUGGCAAAGAAAAUUCUUUUGAAGUAAGUGGUGUGCCACUUUUCAGGUGCCUUUGGACAACUGGUCAUUUAACUUUCACCUAAUCCCAGGGUUUGUACUGUCCUGUUGUACUUACAAUCUAGCAACUUUACAAAAUAGAAAACCUACCACCCCUGUUUAUACAAGGAUCUGAAGUUACAAGGCUAAGAACAGAAAGUUUCCAAAAAGUGCAAAACAUAUUUCCAGCUCAUGAAGAAAAAUUUAGGUUUAUGAGUGCUUAUACUAAUGACUCAGACAAAAGCCUAGAUGUUGCCGUUUUUCAUUCAUUUUAUAUUUUACAUCAGGUACUUUUGCUGCAAGGUCACUGCUGUUUAAAAGAUAUAAGUAAGUAUAUAAGAUAAUACAUACUACGGUGAGAACACAAAGCCAUAUAAAAGCAGCGCAUCACACUAAAUUUUUCAGCAUACAUAGGGACAUAGACUAGUAGGCUUUGAUUAUAUCUAAAUAUUUUGAUCUCAGGUUCCUCCUUUGCCCUGGGCCUCUAUUUUCUAGGGGUAAAAUACAGGCAGGCCUGCCAGACCCGUAUCUAAGGGUCUAAUCUCUGUUGCCACCCUCUCUGAUACUAUGGCAAUAGGGUUUUGUCACUGAGCACCACCCCUUUGUCCCUGACUCACUUUAACAGUGUAGUAUCUUGUGACAUACAGACACUUACGGAGACGUAUGCUGUAUAAUAUGUCAAACCAUGGACACGGAACUACAAAGGCUUGCAUAAUCAGUGAGUUAGUGGAUAAACCAAGUUGGGGGCAGGCAGGAAAGAGCUGGAUCAACAAAUAUACUGCGUAUGAUUGUUAUCAAGAUAUAGUUUGGCCUAGAUGACAAGAUAAAUGAGAACAUCUUUGAUACGAUAAUUCAACUUCUUACAUACCUUCAUCUUUAAAUAUUGGAUUUACUUCAUUUUGAAGGUCUUUCAUGAAGAAAGAGUAGAAGGGCUGCUUGAGAAGGAAGGAGAACAGAAGACUGAAAGAAUUAUUAGCUACUGGAAUGGGAAACAUUUGUUCCAACUUAGAUCACAAACACAGAAGAAAUAAGAAUAGUGGCCAAAUUAUAAGGGAAAAGAAAAUGGGGAAAAGAGGGCCCAAGAAACAACACUCACGUCAGGCUCCAAAAACAAGUUUCCAGUGUUUUCAUCUGAGGGGAAGGACACAGUAGCCAAGUUCCGUUCCGUUCUUUACCACGCUCACAUGUGCCCAACCACUGAAUCUUCUCCCUCAAGAACAUCCAGUAGAGGGGCAGAUGAGUGCCACCAGCAUGACAAAGAACCUGCAGGGGGCAACUCUGGAAGCAGCAGAUUAGCAGAGAGAAAUGUGCUGAUUCCUCAUUAAGAAAACUCACAUAACCCCACACAUGUGCUUCACUGCUCCCUUCCCAGUUCAGUGUCUUUUGAAAGCUAGUUAUUACCUUUCAGUCACAGGCCUUUGACCUGACAGUUCUCCACUUUCCAUUGCCUUAUCAGUUCUUUGCAAACUACCUAUGGUUAUUAGCACUUAAAGCACAAUUUUGAAGGGGAUAAAAAUUAUCUUAGUCCCAAAGGAAUCAUUUGUGUCAAACUGCCUUAUAAGUAUUAAAAAGAGACAUGUUGAAUGAAGUAGAUGACACUCAUAUAUCUUACUCAGUAUCACUGGCAUUGUAUGAGAUGGGGGAACUAUACUUCUGUAAUUAUAUAGUUUGAGAAAUCAAAAGUUAGAGACAAAUUAUAAAUAAUGUCAAGGAACAGUAAUUUAAAAACAAAGUUCUAACAAAUAAAUUGUUUGCUUAAUCAUAAUGCCCCCAUCCUGUAUUUGUGUGACCAAACUGGACAUGUCUUCCUUGGAGCAGUGGGCACAGGCUCAGAUGUAUUCCCUACAUCUUACUUGGCAAAACACAACUUUUGUUAGCAAAUCUCUUCACUGUAAGACUUAGCUAUGAAAUGGUAUAUUUUUUCCCAAAUAUUUUUGUGAAAACAUUUUUCCUAACUGUUCAAUAAAAGUCUAGUUGC